AUGACUGAUUUACUUGAGGAAUUUGAUAGCACCUUUGAAGUCUAUGGAAUUGAAAAGACUUCCGAGUCAACAAAUGCUGGAAACACGGAAAUAGCACAUGAUGAAUCUGAAGAUCAUACCGCACUAAAAAUAGAAUUGAAAGACAUAUUGGACAAUUUACGUGAUGUGUUACAUUUGAAAAAGAAAGACCUUGAGGGUAUAUUUACGGUUGGAAUACAAGUCAAUCGUUAUCGGUGGGUGAUAUAUUCGAUGACUUAUGAUCCAUCCACAAAUUUCUACUACUUUAACGAGAUGAUGGUCCUAGUAAUCCCAAAAACUCCUUCAGAAAUGGGCUACCUUCUAGUAGAUUUUAUUAAAGGUUUGCUUGGACUUCGCCAUACGUUGUUAUGGCUUAACGGCAAAUUAACCCAGUUAGCAAAGCAAAAAUAUUCUACGCCAUCACCAGGAUCAUCACCUCUACCGGAAACAUCUGAAACACCUGCAGUUAAGCGAGUUAAAAAUAACGUAUUUGUUAUUUAG